AUGCCUCCACCAUGUAUUAUUGAAACAUGCAAACGUAAAUCAUCAGCAUUAUGUCAUUGUUGUAAUAAAAAUCUUUGUCCUGAUCAUUUAAAAGAACAUGAUGAUUCAAUAAAUUCUCAAAUACAUCCUCUUGUUGAUAAAUGGCGUCAUGAUUCUCCUAAAGAAAUUGAUCGUUUUUAUGAAAAAUUUCAAGAAUUACAACAACGUUGUAUUGAACGAGUUAGUCAAAAACGAAAAAAAAUUCAUCAAUUAAAAUUAAAAACAAAUGAACUUAUUCGAGAACAAGAAACUACCUAUGAUGAUAUUUCUUCAUUUAAAGCAAUUAUUAAUGAUAUCAAACGUGAUAUAGAUCAAUAUGAAGAGAAUGGCAUUUUAGUUGAUGUUCAUCCUUUAAUUAUUAAUAACAAUUUGAUUUAUAUUGAAAAAUGGACAUUGAAUGAAAUUGAUAUAUCAACUCUUUCGUCUCUUUAUCGAACAAUCGAUUGUUCUAAUGAUGAUUGGCCUGUAUUAACUAGCAAUAAUCGAUUUUUACUAUUGAAUCAAUAUCCUAAUUUACGUUUAUUUGAUAAAGAAUUAACUAUUGUAAAACAAUGUCCAUGA